AUGUCCACAGAGACGACCAUCCAUGAGCCUCCUUCACGGGUAGGAUAUUUGGCCAAACUAGGACUACCUCAAGUCACCCUUAGGGCAACCAUAGUUGGAUUACUAAUAGGGUCGGUGAUUCUUAUAUCGAACUUUCAAUUCGGUUUGCAAACUGGUUGGGUGUCAAUGAUGUCAUUACCAGCAGCUCUACUUGGAUUUGCCGUGUUCAAACUAACUCCCCUAUCACAAAGUUUUACCGAUGUGGAGAAUGUAUAUAUACAGAGUAUUGCAGUGGCAGUAGGUACUGGACCUUUAUGCUAUGGGUUUGUCGGAAUAAUACCCGCGAUUGAAAAGUUUAUGACCAGUGAUGAGUCAGGGUUAGGAAGGCGUAUCAUUUUCUCAACUAAAGAGCUUAUCGUAUGGUCGAUGGGUUUGGGACUUUUUGGGGUAUUUUUUGCAAUUCCUUUGCGUAAACAAGUCAUUGUUAAGGAAAAAUUACCGUUUCCUUCUGGGAGUGCUACGGCAACACUUAUCUCGGUGUUACAUGGAACUGAGAUUUAUGAAAGCGAUAUGGAAGAAGAGGAAGAGGAUAUCACCAAGAAUACAAAUGGGUCACCUUUGCAACAGCAAACAUCAACAACUCAGCUUAUUGAAUCUACUGAUUACAGCUCCAACAUGAGGUCCUUGACAUACACCUUUCUAGUCUCAUCUGCGUACACAUUAAUAUCUUUCUUUUUCCCAAUUUUGAAAAAGGUUCCCAUUUUUGGCACAUCGGCAUCGAAAGAUUAUAUGUGGGACUUUCAACCAUCACCAGCAUACAUUGGUCAAGGAAUCAUCAUGGGUUUACCUACUGUUUCCUACAUGUUGUUUGGUGCUAUAUUCGGGUGGGGUAUUUUGGCGCCAUUGUCAAAAUAUAUGAAAUGGGCCCCUGGUCCCAUCGACGAUUGGGUAUCAGGUGGACAGGGUUGGAUACUCUGGGUUAGUUUGAGUAUUAUGGUGGCCGACUCGUUGGUAUCCUUCAUAGUAUUGAGCGUGAAGUCUGUGCAAGACUUUAUAGUAGAUUACAGGAGCCGACAAGAAUCUUACACACAAGCAUUGGAGUUACAGCAAUCACUCAUAAAUGAGGCAGAGAAUAGAGGAAGUGGUGAUGGCGACAAUAAUAAACCUAUUCUCAACGGGGGAUCUCUUGAAAUUCCAAAACAGUUUCUUAUUUCAAACAAGGUUGCCUUGAUCGGCACGCUAGGGUCGACAAUCUUGUGUGUGGUUACUAUACGGAUCAUCUUUGGGAAACUCAUUCCAAUCUACGCCUCGCUUACAGCUAUUAUACUUGCCAUGUUAUUCAGUGUUCUUGCUACCAGAACACUAGGUGUAUCCGAUAUCAACCCUGUGAGUGGAAUUGGCAAAUUAUCACAACUUAUAUUCGCAUUCAUUAUUCCAUCUAAUCAUCCUGCGAAAAUAUUAAUCAAUUUGAUUUCAGGCGGUGUUGCAGAAGCAGGAGCGCAACAAGCCGGAGAUCUUAUGCAAGAUCUUAAAACAGGACACUUAAUUGGUGCUUCCCCAAAAGCUCAAUUUAUUGCGCAAAUUAUUGGCACAAUAUUCUCAGUAUUUCUUAGUUCCAUAAUGUAUCAAAUUUACAUGGCGGUGUAUACAAUCCCUAGCGAAACAUUUCGAAUUCCAACAGCUGUUAUUUGGAUUGAUUGUUCACGUUUGGUCACCGGCGAGGGCUUACCCCCAAAAGCAAUGGAAUUUGCCAUUGUAUUUGGUGUCAUUUUUGCCAUAAUUUCGCUUUUGAAAAACACAAUGCCACCGACUUCGAAAUAUUACCCAUACUUGGUAUACCUCCCCAAUGGUGUUGCAGUUGGGGUCGGCAUUUACAACACCCCCAACUUUACCCUCGCCAGAUUUAUUGGAGGCUUAAUAGCUUACAAUUGGCACAACAUCAGCAACAGAGGCAAGACUAGUAUGAUUAUAUUUAGUAGUGGGUUGGUUCUCGGUGAAGGUUUGUUUAGCGGAUUCACCAUGCUUCUUACAAGUUUAGGAGUCAAACAUUUCUAG